AUGUCGGCGAACGAAGGUCACGACACCGCCAGGCGGCCGCGUUCUACUUCGCGAUCGCGUCCGACGACGCCGCUCCGCCCCUCGUCCCGCUCCUCGUUCCGCGAAUCCACCCAGCGCGGUGCCUACGGUGGCGAUCCCUUCCCUCUCAACGCCUUCGAGCCUGCCUUCGCCGAGCUUUCCGACGCCGUCGCCGACCUCGAGGCGAACAUGAUGCAUUUCCAGCUGAUGCACGAGAGCCUGGCCCGCUUCAGCGAGAGCUUCGCCAGCUUUCUCUACGGCCUAAACAUGAACGCCUUCUGCGUCGACUUUCCCGAGGGCGAAACAGAAAGAGGACCAGCCAGCUACACGGUCUCGGAGUACCGAACGGGGCGGAGAGACAGAGGGGGAGACGACUUUCAUGACUACGGAUACAUCCUUCGUAGACCAUCCACCAACCGCCUCUCAACCGACACCCAAGAAGUUCGCCGCACCUGA